AUGAAGAUGUUUCUUGUGAUGUUUUUGGUACACAAAGUAGUUACUCUGAAAUGCCUUGCAAGUGAUGCUUUCCUUAUUCCACAUGAGUGGUACCAGCCUGGGGACUUCAUCAUUGGUGGGAUGACAUCUCACUUCGCUUACCACCUUUUGGAAAUUAAAUUUAGUGAAAAUCCUUCUAAGAAACCUUAUGACAUACCAGCGUGGACAUGGAUUGGGAUAUUUGCUGUUGACAACAAUGAUGGAGAAAAUUUCUUACAGAAAAUGCAGCCAUUACUUUCAGAGAAUAGAAUCUGCUCAUCAUUCAUAGAAAGACUUGCACAGCUAAUCCACUUGGAAGACUACCGAGAAGUAAUUCAAAGAAUCUUAAUUAUUUCCAUGAGUUGGGUAAAUAGCCGAGCCAAUGCAUUUCUUGUCUAUGGAGAAUCAUUGACAAUUAUGUGGCUGAGAGUUGUCACAUUUAUAAUAGAUCCAGAAAGCAAGGAAAUUGCAUUAUUUAGAAGGGUAUGGAUCAUGACUGCACAGAUUGAUUUCAUAUUAUCAGGAUUCCAAAUCAGUUGGGAUCUCCACAUGUUCCAUGGGGCUCUUUCCUUCACUGUUCAUUCAAGAGCAGUUACAGGUUUCAAGGAGUUUCUUCAGACUGUAAAUCCUCUUUCAGUCUACAGAGAUGGGUUUCUACAGGAAGUUUGGGAACAAUCAUUUGAUUGUUCAUUUCGAAAACCAGAAUUACAAGAAAUGCAUAGUAGGAAAUGCACUGGGGAGAUGAAGCUUGAGGAUCUUCCUGGACCUGCCUUUGAAAUGGAGAUGACAGGCCAAAGCUACAGCAUCUACAAUGCUGUUUAUGCUGUGGCUCAUGCUUUGCAAGCACUAUACACAUUACAUUUCAAUAGAAAAAAACCUGUGAUCUGUAAAAAUCCUGACCCUUCACAUCUCCAAGCUUGGCAGGUUCUUCCACUUUCCAGAUGUAAUGACCCUUGUUUCCCUGGAUCCUGGAAGAAAAGGAUUGAGGGGGAUCAAUUCUGCUGCUAUGACUGUGCUCCAUGCCCUGAAGGGAAGAUUUCAAAUCAAAAUGAUAUGGAUGACUGUUUUCAAUGUUCAGAAGAUCAUUAUCCAAAUAAGGAAAAGAAAGGAUGUAUCCUGAAACCGGUGGUGUUUCUAACCUUUGAAGAAACCUUAGGAAUUGGUUUAGCCUCAGUAGCUCUUGGUUUCUUCUUCUUGACAUCUUCGGUCCUUGGAACUUUUAUUAAGCACAAGGAUACUCCUAUUGUCAAAGCCAAUAACAGGUCCCUCACCUACACCCUCCUUGUAUCUCUUUUACUCUGUUUUCUCUCCUCUUUGUUCUUCCUCAGCCAACCUGGCAAAGUGACCUGCCUUCUCCGACAACCAACUUUUGGCAUCACCUUCUCAGUUGCCAUUUCUAGUGUACUGGCCAAAACCAUCACUGUGGUUGUGGCUUUCAUGGCCACGAAACCAGGAUCUCAGAUGAAGAAAUGGGUGGGGAAAAGAUUGGCUUUCUCUAUUGUCUUUUCAUGCUCUCUAUUACAAGUAUGGAUUUGUAUUCUUUGGUUGUCAACAUCUCCCCCAUUCCCUGUGUUGGACAUGCACUCAGAGCUCCAAGAAAUGAUUUUACAGUGUAAUGAGGGGUCAGCUUUCUUCUUCUACUGUGUCUUGGGCUACAUGGGUAUCUUGGCCAUCGCCAGCUUUAUGGUAGCUUUCCUUGCCCGUAAAUUACCUGACAGCUUUAAUGAAGCCAAGUUCAUCACCUUCAGCAUGUUGGCCUUUUGCAGUGUGUGGAUCUCCUUCUUUCCAGCCUAUCUGAGCACAAAAGGAAAAGCCAUGGUAGCUGUGGAGGUCUUCUCCAUCUUGGCCUCCAGUGCUGCAUUACUGGGAUGCAUGUUCUUGCCAAAGUGUUACAUCAUUGUUUUCCGGCCUGACCUCAACCACAGGGAGCAACUCACAAAGAGAAAUUAG